UGGGUAGCUCAUUUGCUGCGCAGCCGCUCUACAGCGCAACGCGGGGCGGUGUUGUGACGUCACGUCACCGGCCCCGGAGUGCGGCCACCGUAGCGCGACCGACAGCGCCGAACCCGGGGGCGAGCGGAGCGGUUGCUGUGGUGAUGUAACCCCGUCAUGGAGCAGGACCCGGCUCGCGAGCCCCCGGACCUGCUGUCGGCCGCGCACGCGCAGUUCCGGGAGCAGCGGUUCGGGGCUGCGGAGGCGCUGUACAGCCGCUUCAUCGCGCAGUGCGAACGCUCCUCUGCCGGCCCCGCCCCCGGGCGGAAAUGCCUCACCCAUGAUCUCGCCACUGCAUUCAACAACAGGGGACAAAUUAAGUACAUGCGAGUUGACUUCUAUGAAGCAAUGGAUGACUACACAUCAGCCAUACAAACCCAACCUGAUUUUGAAGUCCCAUAUUAUAACAGAGGAUUAAUACUGUACAGGCUAGGAUACUAUGAUGAGGCUUUGAAAGAUUUCAAGAAAGUUUUAGCAUUAAACCCUGAGUUUGAAGAUGCUUCCUUGAGUCUAAAACAGACUAUUCUUGACAAAGAAGAAAAACAAAGGAGGACAUAUUAAAAAUCCCACUAGUUCCAUAAAAAAUGUUUUCUUGAACACUUAGUUGACUUGAGAUUUUAGUCUUUGAUGAAUAAAACACAAGAUUGUUUACAUUUAACUUAUCUUGCUCUGAGGAAAAGAAAUUUUCUUAGUUUUAGAUAAAUAAUCAAAGUAGGUAUGUACUAUAAUUGCCAAGUAAACUAUAGUUUUCGAACAGCUCUGUAAUUGCAGUGUUGAACAAAAGCACAAUGUUAAAUCUGUCUAUGAUGCUAGUCAUUCUAUGUUGCAAUGCUUUAUAAUAUAUACAAAGCUGGUGGAAGUUCAGUAACUACUACUAAAGUCUGAUUGUUAAAGAAAUGUUUAUAUGUACUUUUGCACAGAUUUAUUUAAUAAGUCUUUAGUGGAGGAAAUAGACAAAUUAUAGCAAGUUUCAGUACUUGAAAUUAGGUGUUUAGUUGAAGUAAUUUCUUUAACAUUGUUAAAACUGUUUUACAGUAUGUUAAGUAAGUUGGAAUAUAGCAUCUGCCUAUUGAUUUCCAAUAUGUCCAUCAUAAAGGCACUGGGCUAUGGAGGGAGUAUAGGAUACAGUUUAUAUUUUAUUAUAAUCAUAGAUUACUUGGGCUGGAAGGGACCUCAGGAGGUCAUCUAGUCCAACCCCCUGCUCAAAGCAGGACCAAUCCCCAGCUAAAUCCCUAAAUGGCCCCCUCAAAGAUUGAACUCACAACCCUGGGUUUAGCAGGCCAAUGCUCAAACCACUAAGCUGGGACCGAGAGGAAGGAGGCUGGAUAUAUUGUUUUGAUUUCUGUAUCAUCUGCAGGAAACCAGAAGGACUGUAAUUGUUUGAGUUGUUAUUGGCAAUUUUCCUUUUGGCUUUUUUAUCCGUUUAUUGAAAAAAUACAAUUAAUUUAUUACAUAAAACCCAGUGUGAUCUAACUAGCCAUAAGGAUAAGUGCAAACUGGUUCAUCUUUUAUUUCAGAUUAGACUAGAGAAGCAGCAGCUCAAGUCAAGAACACUGGGUCUAUUAUGCCGUUGUGUUGUGCACAGGAAUAAAGUUCUGGUUUAAAAAAAAAGUUUUUAAUUACAAGCAUGGCAUCAACUUUAAAUGUAUUCUGAAUAAAUAAGACCACUUUAAGGUUCCUUUUA